AUGAACCAACUCGUGAAUGUUCUCAUCCUUUUCAUAAGCUUGGGGUUGAAAGCCCACAGUUUGCACGGUCGAGCUACAGUCUACGGAUUUGAAAGUAUUGAACCAUCAGCUGACCUCACAUGGACACCAUGUUUCGAUGCCUUUAAUUGCUCUAGACUGGAGGUUCCUCUGGAUUAUUCAAACAGAAGUCUUGGAACUACGUCGAUUGCGUUCAUCAAGCUAGCUGGCAAAAAUGCCACUGUCGAGUCUCCAAGUAUUGUACUCAUCCCCGGCGGUCCGGGUGGCUCUGGUGUGGACCUGCUCCUCACAUACAAGAAUACCAUCGGGCAGAUGCUUGGAGAGCAGUACAACUUCGUCUCCUUUGACCCUCGCGGUGUGAACAACAGUGGCUUGCAUCUCGACUGCUUCUCGGGAGACGCAAAAUCAAGAUCGGCUUUCUAUCGACUCCACAGAACCGGUGCCACCAAUAUCUCAUCAACAUCGCUUGAGGAACAGUACUAUUCAAGCUCUAUUUAUGGCGAGUGGUGCAACAAUGCUGUUGAGAAUAAGUCGCCCCAUUCAUAUUAUGUGACUACACCAGCAGUUGCGCGUGAUUUGCUCACAUUUACCGAGGCCGAGGCUGAGUUUGCCGGUCAGUCACCAUCAAACGCCAAAUUGUGGUGCUAUAGCGUCAGUUACGGCACUGUCAUCGGCAGCACCUUUGCUUCACUGUUUCCUGACCGGGUUGGGAGAAUGAUACUUGAUGGUGUUCUGAACGCAGAACAAUAUUAUAACAACUAUUGGACGGACAACGUCGACCAAAUGGACGAGGCCAUUGAAACAUUCUCGACCUUCUGCCAUUCCGCAGGGCCUGAAAAAUGCUCAUUUUGGGGACCAACACCCGCUAACAUCACGGCAAGAAUGGAUGGCAUUAUCCGUGGGCUUCAGAACCAUCCAGUCCCGCUAAGCGGCGUCGGAAAUUCAGACCUGCCGACAAUGGUCACGUAUUCUGACCUAAAGACUCUUUUUCUCAACGCAGUCUACACUCCCUUGACAACUUUUCCAAGCAUGGCCGAAAUCCUACACCAGGCCGAGUUUGGGAAUGUGUCUGCUCUUGCGGGCAUGUAUGACCAGUCAAACUCUAAUACCGAUGCCCGUCUCAUCAUUACAUGCACCGAUUCGUAUCGGAGGAACAGGCUUACUACUAUGCAAGAGUUCAAGACUUGGGCAGAGUACACGACUCUCAAGAGCAAGUACAUCGGUGAUAUCUACCCCUCAUACCUGGAAGAUGAAAUAAGUGCAAUAAACAUGCCUACAGCCUUCCCCAUCCUCUUUGCGAGUAACACCAUCGACCCUAUUACGCCGCUUAAAUCGGCGCGCACGAUGUCUUCUCGGUUUGCCGGGUCGGUCAUUAUAAUGCAAGAAGCUGUUGGUCAUACGGUCAUAGACCAGGGGGCGUCAAAUUGUUACUUUGGACAUAUUCAGGCAUACCUCCAAGGCAGAGUUCCAUCGUCGAACACUACAUGCCCCCGACAGUACAUUCCUUUCUUAGAUGCCUCCCCCUUUUAG